CUCUCCGGAGGAGCCCGGUGCCGGUGCCGGUUCCCGGGAUGGGGUCGGCCGGGGCCGCGGCUGCCGCCCUCAGUUCCAGCGCACGGCGCUGCGGGUCCUGGCUCGCUUCGCGGCGCGGCCGCUGGCCGGGGGCCGGCCCCUCGCCUUCCUGCCCGGCCCCGCCUGGCUCCUCGAUGUCACCCCCUUGGUGGCCGCACGCACCCGCGUCCAGGACCCCCGCGUGGCCGCGCUGGAGCCGGGACCCGUCGUGGUGGGGCUGGAGCCAGGGGUCACCUCGGUGGAGGUCCGCUCCCCGCUGUCGGACUCCAUCCUGGGGGAGCAGACGCUGGUGGUGUCGGAGGAGAAGGUGACGGUGACGGAGCUCCGGGCCCAGCUCGUGUCGGGGCUGUCCCUGGCGGUGCGGGCAGAGCCGGGGCACCGCGGGCUGGUGACCGCCAGUGCCAUGGGCACUGGGACCCUGCGGGUGCCCAAGCAGGAGGCGACGCUCUCGGUCUGGUUGUCCUUCUCCGACCACACUCUGGCCCCGCUGGAGCUCUAUGGGUGGCAGGACACGGCUUUGACCGUAACCUCGCUCGACCCCACCGUGGCCACCAUCGGGGGCUCCCCGGGGGUCCCCACCGCGCACCCAUGGGUGGUGGCCGAGGGCCCGGGGCGCGGGGCGCUGCUGCAGCUCAGCCUGCACCCUCCGGACGCCUGCCGCCGGGGUCGGCACCGAGCCGCCGCGCUGGCCACCGGCACCGCCUGGCUCGAGGUGCUGGGGGGCCACCCCGCUGCCACCCCCGGUCCCCCCCAUGGGCCCAGCUCCCCCUUCCAAAGGGCGGAAGGGGCCAUGUCGGGGGAGGCGGUGACGGCGGCCAGCGAGCCCCGCAGGAGGGAUGCAGCGGGAGCGGGACCGGCCGACACCAAGCUCCAAAGGGGGGGGUCUUCCUCGGAGGAAGAGGAGGAUGGGUACGGCCGUAACCGCGCUGGGGAGGAGGAGGAGGAGGAGGAGGAGGAGAUGGUGAAGGCUCCCGAGCGCGUAACCGACCUGGAGAUCGGCAUGUACGUCCUGCUGGGGGUCUUCUGCUUGGCCAUCUUCAUCUUCCUCAUCAACUGCAUCUUCUUCGUGCUGCGCUACCAGCAGAAGGAGCUGCCCGACGCCGCCGCCGCCCCCUCGGCCCCGCAGCCCCACAACUGGGUCUGGUUGGGCACCGACCAGGAGGAGCUGAGCCGGCAGCUGGACCGGCGGCAGCCCGAGCCCCCGGCCCCCGACGAGGCCCCCGAUGGGCGCUGCUGCUGCGGCUCCGAAGCGGGGGGUACCCCCAGCCCCCCAACCCCAACGGGUGCUCCCCAGCCCCAUAGGGAAGGUGGAGCCCCAAGGGGUGGCCGGAGGAAGAGGGUGGAAUUUGUCACCUUCUCCCCAUCGCGGGCCCCCGAGGAGCCCCCCGAGCCCGUCCCCAACGUCCAGUCCAUCCUGGUGGCCAGCGAGGACGACAUCCGCUGGGUGUGCGAGGACAUGGGGCUGCGGGACCCCGAGGAGCUCCGCAGCUACAUGGAGAGGAUCCGGGGCAGCUCCUGACCACGGCAGGGGGCAGCUCCCAGUGUU